AUGGAGCUAGAAGGAGUUGACACCCUCCUAGCUCAAAACAAGAUAAUGCAGGAGCAGAUUCAACAACAAUUUGAGCAGAUGGCUAAAAAGAUUGAUAGCCUGCAAGUUGCAGCAGUGAAUGCAAGCCAACCAUCAACCAAAUGGGGGCAAAAUAAAGAAAACCAAGAAGAUCAGCAGCAGGAACAACCUCAAUAUGUGCAUAACCAAAGCUCCGGCCAAAAUGAAGUCUAUGGUGACAUCUACAAUCCAUCCUGGAAGAACCAUCCAAACAUAAGAUGGGGAGAUAACCACACUCAAAAUCAGCAACCAUGGCAACGAAAUUCAAACCAAAACAACUCAAGAAACAACCAAAAUCACAACCAGCAAAACACUAACCCUAAUCCAUAUAGAAAACCCCAAAACAACCACUCAAAUUCUAGCUACUGUCCACCCAAUAACCAAACCACUAACCAAAACACCCACCAUCAACCUUCAACACCCCACAACCAGCCACAAACAUCACAAGACACUCAAAGGAUCUCCAACUUGGAGACAUUGAUAGAAAAGAUGAUGAAGCACCAAGAGACAAUGAUGGAGAAACUCAUGAAAAAUCAAGAGAUGGCAAGACAAGAUCAAGAAGCAGCAAGAAAAGAUCAAGCCACAACAAGCAAAAACCAAGAAGCUUCAAUCAAAAAUCUCGAGAGGCAUAUGGAACAAAUGGCUAAACGAAUUACAGAUGCAUCCCCAAGUGCCACUCAAGACCACCCAAGGGACAAAGGAAAAGCUACAAAGUGGGAGGAGUGUAAAGCAAUCAUAGUGGAAAAUACAAGAAGAGAGAUCCCUACCUUUCAUGAAACUGACGAAAGAAUCCUCCAAAGGCUAAGAAGAGAAGCAAGAGAAAAAAAUGUUGCUGGAGAGGAAGAAUCAGAUGAAGAAUAUCAUGAAUUGGAGGAACACUCAACAAAUCCAACAAAUCCACCAGUGAGAAUGGCCAACAACAAUGGUCAACCCCAGAGGAGAGUCUUGGCUUCAUAUACAUUUGCUAAUCCAAGGCAUUGUGGGAGUAGCAUCCUUACCCCAAAUGUCGAUGCAAAUAACUUUGAAUUGAAGCCCCAACUCAUCACCUUGGUGCAGAACAACUGUUCUUAUGGAGGAGGCCCCUUGGAAGAUCCAAACCAGCACCUAUCCACCUUCCUGAGGAUUUGUAACACUGUCAAAACCAAUGAUGCAUCCCCAAGUGCCACUCAAGACCACCCAAGGGACAAAGGAAAAGCUACAAAGUGGGAGGAGUGUAAAGCAAUCAUAGUGGAAAGUGAGAAGAAAGCCAUCAAUCAGGAAGAACACAACAGAGAAGUUCCACAAGAAGAGACAGAAGAGAGAAGUGAAGAGGAUCAGAAAAUUAAGAAUGCAAAAAGCUCAAAGAGAGAUAAGGACAUUCUUGAAACACAACUACAAGAGAAGAAGGAAAGGGUGAAGCCACAUAUCCCCAAACUUCCAUACCCUCAGAGGAAGUCAUUCAAUCUCUUGGAGGAAAAAGUACAUCAUCAUGGACAGAGGAAGGAUAUAGAACCCAACAAUGAUGAUGACACAGAGGAAACAAAUAGACUCCAAGAGGUUGUAUUGUUCUCUGACUGA